UCGCUCCCAACUUUAAAUUCGGAAAUUCCGACUCCCUUCAGUGGACCUGGAACGCAUCACAUCUUCCGUUUAACAGCUCACGCUAGGAACCCCUUUGUAGUCCUUUCUGUUAGUAAGACACACUUUUCUAUGUCACUGUGGACCGGACCGCCGCCGUUCUGAGAGUUUUGUUCUUUUGUAGGAUAAGCCUCCAAAACCAGCGUUCCAAAUGAGUGACGGGGAGUGCAACUUCUUCUGUUUCUUCCGCUGCUGCUGAGCUCACUCGCUCGCUCGCCAAGCAGCACAGACACACCAGACGCCAGGGUGUCGCUGACCAGCGACGUCAGCAUCAGGACCUUGAAGAGGAAGAGGCGGCGCUUCUUCAAGCCAUUUCAUUCACUCAGUGACCACAGCGAUCCGACAGGUAGGCGUGUCGUCUACCUGUCCGGGUGGUUGGUUCCGUCGACUGGAUGUCUGUGGACAUGAACAGCCAGGCAUCUGACAGCAACGAGGAAGACUUCGGGGUGAACUCUGAAGAGGAGGAUGAGGACGACGCAGGGGAAGAGGAGGACCUUGAAACCUACUAUGAAGGCGUGGCGAGCGAUGUGGAGCAACAGGGCGCCGACUCCUUUGAUCCGGAGGAGUAUCAAUUCACGUGUCUGACGUACAAGGAGAGCCAAAGGGUGCUCAAUGAGGAGGUCAACAUUGUGGCUGCUGCGCUGAAGGUUUUACCAGCGGUAGCAAAGUUGAUCCUCGUGCAUUUUCACUGGCAGGUUUCACAAAUACUGGACAGGUAUAAGUCCAAUUCUUCUCUUGUGCUGUCAGAUGCUCUGGUUCAGCCAAGCAGCAUCUGCAGAUCAGUAACUGCCCCCCAGUCCCCCCAGUGUGGUGUGUGUCUACAGAUAGUACGGAGAGACUCCCUGUUGGCACUUCCUUGCCAACACUCCUUUUGCAAAGCAUGCUGGGAGCAGCACUGCACUGUACUAGUCAAAGAUGGCAUCGGAGUGGGCAUCUCCUGCAUGGCUCAGGAAUGCUCCCUGCAAAUGCCAGAAGAUUUUGUCCUUCCUCUACUGCCAGGAGAGGAGCUGAAGGACAAGUACAGACGCUACCUCUUCAGAGACUAUGUUGAGAGUCACUUCCAAUUGCAACUGUGUCCGGGUGCAGACUGUCCCAUCGUCAUUAAGGUGCAGGAGCCACGGGCACGCAGGGUGCAGUGUAGCCGCUGCAGUGAGGUCUUCUGUUUUAAAUGUCGUCAGAUGUACCACGCCCCCACAGACUGUGCAACCAUUCGGAAAUGGCUCACAAAAUGCGCCGACGACUCGGAGACGGCCAACUACAUCAGCGCACACACUAAAGAUUGUCCCAAGUGCAAUAUCUGCAUUGAGAAGAAUGGAGGAUGCAAUCACAUGCAAUGCUCCAAGUGCAAACACGACUUCUGCUGGAUGUGUCUCGGUGACUGGAAGACCCACGGCAGUGAAUACUAUGAGUGCAGCCGCUACAAAGAAAACCCCGACAUAGUCAACCAGAGUCAGCAGGCUCAAGCCAGAGAGGCUCUCAAGAAAUACCUCUUCUACUUUGAGAGGUGGGAGAACCACAACAAGUCUCUGCAGUUGGAGGCUCAAACAUACCAGAGGAUCCAGGAGAAGAUCCAGGAGAGAGUGAUGAACAACCUGGGAACCUGGAUUGACUGGCAGUAUCUACAUAACGCUGCAAAGCUUCUCGCUAAGUGUCGCUACACGCUGCAAUAUACGUAUCCCUACGCUUACUACAUGUCUGGACCGCGCAAGAAACUGUUUGAGUACCAGCAAGCUCAGCUCGAAGCAGAGAUCGAGAACUUGUCAUGGAAGGUGGAGCGGGCCGACAGCUACGAGAGGGGAGUCGUGGGAGGCGAGGUGGAUCUCAGUGCCAGCGACAGAGGGGAACUGGAGAAUCAGAUGCACAUUGCCGAACAGAGACGACGCACGCUGCUGAAGGAUUUCCACGACACCUAAAACACCAUUUAGACUGCAGAGCACCAGCAUUACCCUUCUUCCUUCCCUCCUUCCUUCCAUGUCCCCUACUGUUGCUUCCUUCAGUGACUAUCUCCUGGUGCAGUCACACUUGACGCCACUUUUUUUUCCAUGCCCCACCCCAUCUCUUCCUUCUGUCACUCCUAAAAAUGCUGCAGUGUCACAGAAUGGCACGAUUGUAUCUCCUCCUCCUUCAUGAUCUUCCAUAUCACAUUCACCGGGGUUACACUUCGUUUAUAACCAUGUCUCGCAAGUAACAUCAAAUUUUUUGUGGUUACUGGUGACAUUUAGUGAAUCCUCCAAAAUACAAAAGAAAGGUAAAUACCACUGAGGAUGACCAGGUUUUACAUUUAGCUAAUACUGCUAAGACCAUAACAUCUAGUGGACACUUUCUGGCAGUUGGGUUGCUCACAUUUAAUCAGUUUGCUUUGGAUAAUUUACCAGUGCAGUCGUGAAACUGACUGGUUUUUGGUUUUCUAUGGAAAACAUU